AUGGGGCCAAAGCUGAGCAUUUCGGGUAGAGUUUUUGCCAUGAGUGGAGCAGAGGCUUUGCAGUCAGAGGAGCUGAUCCGAGGUAAAUAUGUAAUUAAGGGCAGAUUGGUAGAUGUGCUAUUUGAGUCGGGUGCUACGCACUAUUUUGUUUUUGUGGAUUGUGUGAAAAGUAUGAGUCUGCAUGUGAUUGAUUUGCCAUGUAAUGUUGUGGUGACUACACCUACGGGUAAGCCGGUUGUGACAGAGAAGACACUGAUCUUUGGUGCAUCGAUGAUAGAAGUCCCGAGGCUGUUAAGUCAUGGUGCAUGGGAAAACACAGUGAAUGCCAAGACCUUUAUGAUUAUGUUCUCAAUGGAGGCUAAAAGCAUGGUAGAGCCGGAGUAUAUCUCGGUGGUGAAGGACUUCUUGGAAGUUUUCCCUGAAGAUGUUUCUGAGUUACCACCUGAGAGAGGGAUAAAGUUUGCCAUUGACCUCAUCCCGAGAGCAAGCCCAAUUUCUGUGGCACCUUAUAGGAUGUCACCUGUGUAG